AUGUUGAAACUACAUUUACCGAAAAAGAUAAAAAUGGAGCCAAAUGUAAACUUGUGGACAUAUCUCUUAGUGCUGUGUAACUGCUUCGUCUGGGGCAGUUUUUCUUCGGAAAAACUGAUGGCGGAACUGCAGCUAGCGGAUAUGGAAUUGGCGGAUGCGUGUAACGAGUUGUCAAAAGCAUUGAGGUCAGGCGUUCUUCAUGGAGACUUCAAUGAAAAGAUAGCUGCAGAUAAAGCAUACGGUAGUUUGCUAACGGAGGAAACCAAGAAUUUGAAGGAAUAUGAAUACAUCCCUCAGGAAAUUGAAAGGAACUAUACCUUUUUAUUAAAACCUGGUGAUGGGCUUUUACCUGAAGAAGAGUGGAAUACGUUAGUCUCUUACCAUAAUGAUAACGAAGAAAUUGAAAGCAUAGUGAAAGUACCUUGUUCAAACAAUACCGAGGGAUGUCUAUUUACCAAAGGAGAAUAUCAAAAUAUUUUAAGAACCUCUAGAGAUGUGGAUCUGCUCAAUUCAACCUGGUUCUCUUGGCAACACGUUUUUGGUGCCAGUUCAGUCGAAUAUUCAACAGUUUUAGAAUUAACAAAAAAGGCAGCAUCACUAAAUGAGUUUGAGGAUGUGGCAAGUUACUGGGAAUAUUUAAAUGACUUCAGCGGGGCCUAUGCGAAAGCUAGAGAAUUCUGGGAAGAAAUAAAGCCAUUAUAUUUAAAAUUGCACAGAUUUGUUAGGACCAGGUUGAACAAUUAUUACAAAAUAAAUGAGACUGCUGAAAUCCCUGUAUUCCUUUUAGGUAGUAACUUCGGGAAUGAUUGGAGUUACAUAGCCGACAUCAUUUUACCUCACCCCCAAUUGCAUUAUGAUGUUGAAACUUUCCUGAAAUAUAAGUCUCUACGAGAGGUAUACAUAUUAGCUGAAAACCUUACCCAUGCUACAUCCUUAGGUACAUUAGGAGAAAAAUUUUGGAACAAUAGCAGAUUCAAUAUGACCUACUGCGAACCUCAUAUCUUCAGUUUUUGUGCUGAUGAGUACUCCGAAGUAUAUGACUGUGAUGAACCCUCCUGGGUCACCUAUCUAGAUGCCCAUGAAACUGUUUUCAGAAUAGCCUUGAGGAAUCAAGAUUACUCCUCGUUGAUGCGUCAGAAUUUGCGAUACUCUGGCGUAGAUGAGGCCAUUGCUGCUUUAGGACCUCUUUUUGCGAUUGAAAGUAUGCAUUAUCAUGGUAUAAAAACAGUCGCUGAUGUUACCGAUGAGUCUGUGAAAAUGACGAAACUCUUGCUUGUAGCCCUAAGAUUUCUUCCCCAGUUACCUUACUAUCUAGCAGCUGACGAAUGGAGACUACAAGAACUAGAUGUCCCUUCAGCUAACGUUGCAGCGUAUUGGUGGAAAGUGAGGAAUGAGUACCAAGGUAUAAAAAGUGUAUCGGGUGCAGAACGUGAUUUCUUGAGAGAUGAAUAUAUCACAUCAAAUAAACCAUACAUAAGCAAUUUUUUUGGAACUCUCCUGGCCUUCCAGUUCGUCAACUACUAUCGAAGCCAGAUGGCAGAUCCUGAAAUAAAUAUUGCUUUUGAAUUUGGAAAUGAUCAAAACUUCCAAUCCAUGAUUAAAGACAGACCUACGAUGGACUGGGUAUACUUAGUCACUUUGAAUUACGGUCUCGACCUUUCCGCAUCAGCCUUGUUGGAGUAUUUCCAGCCGUUGGAACAGUACCUCGAGGAAGCCCCUUUGAAGCAAGCACCUAUUGUCACAACGACCACCACCACAACAACCACCACUACAACUACCACCACCACUACUCCACCACCUGCAAUCAAGCCUGGGCUAACGGUGGACAAGAUGCAGGAGCAAGAGCAUCAAGAUGUCGUUCAAAGCGAUCAGCCUAAUGUGAAUAGCUCCAUUGCCGAUCCAAGUGGUGGACCAUCUCGUACAAGCAACACUACGAUGUAUGCCGGUGUUGGUCUUUUGGUCUUUGUAAGCUGUUUAUUGGUAGUCGUGUAUGGUUAUAAACAUAUCAAAAGACGACGAAUGAGAACCAAUAAUAGAAGGUUCCAGUCUUAGGUAAAACUUUUAUUAAAUAUGUAAAUUUUAUUCUCCUUAAAAAGCUGAUCUUUGAAGUGUAGCGUUGACCAAUGAGUUAUAGGUUUUUUACCCCUGGUUAGUUGUGGCACACGUGUAUAGAUUUUUUUAUAAAUAGUAAUACUUAUUGUAAAUAAUUUCAUAUUUUUAUAUACGCGUUAGAAAGGUAGUGUUUUUCACUUUUAAUUUCAAACAUCUCAUUGCAAUAAUAGCCUAACUGUCCUUAAUUUUAUAGUUGGCAUCUAAAAUUGAAAAUAAAAAAAGGUUAUUGCGCAAUAUCAUGUGAUAAUGUACCAAUGUGACUCAGGUCUGAAUUUGUAUAUAGCAAAAUAGUAAGAAUAUAUUUUCUGCAACAGGUGCCUUACGCCUUUCAUAAUAUACCUAUUAGAAUUUCUUCACUGUACAAAGAUAAAACGAGAAAAUAAUACAUUUCAUUUAUCCAUCACCAUUACUUACAUAAAGAGAGAGUUAUAUAUUUGUUCAAUAUUUUGUUAUUUAGUAAGAAAAACUAUACAAUUUUUGAAAUUAUAAGAAAUUGUGAAACUUAAUAAUCACAGCUCCACAAUAAAAACCAGACCUACCCUACCCUAUGUUUUUGGGGUCGCUGAAUCCGAAUUCGGGGUCAGUUUAACCCCAUCACGUAAGAAUUUUCCAUAACCUCAAAAAUUAAGUCCAAAAACCCCAUAACACGUAAACUAUUUAAUCCUCAAGCAUCUUAACCCACGUAACCCUAUAAUCUCAUAAUCCGAUCGUCCCCAAACCCAAUAACCCAAUAACCCCAUAACCUCAUAACCUCCAAACCCGAUCAGCAAUAGAGAUUUGGAUCUCUAACACCGGGAGGCCUGUGCUGUUUCUUGACGUGUAGCGAACCGCAUCUGCUUACAACCCCUAAACCCUCUAACUGCAUCAUCCCCAAACCCCAUACACCCCAAAACCCAAUAACCUCAUAGCCUCCAAACCUGAUCAGCAACAGAGGAUUCAUAUACAUAUGAAUUCAUUCCUUUAUGAAGCGUAUUCAAUCAAGUACAGGAGUUCCUUCUGUUUCAUUUAUUGCCAAACUACUCAUACUUAUAAGUAGGAAUGAUAUUUUCUCUUGUGCAAUGUAAAAAAUUAAGAUAGAUGCCACUGGCGGUCGGAAGAUGAAAUUCUCUAGGGAAUUUGAAAAGUAACGCGAUAAUUUCAAAUUGGUUAUGGAGCAUCUCACACUGUUGAGAGUCAUUUAUUGGUUUCGUAAAAAUUAGAAAAUUAAUUUUCAAGUUUAUGGGUUUAUUGGGUUAUCGAGUUUUGGGGUUUAUGGGGUUGGAGGAUGAUGAAGUUAGGGGGUUUAGAGGUUAUAAGCUGAUGGGGUCCGCUACACGUCAAGAAACAGCACAUUGACUAAGACCUCCCGGCGUUAGAGACCCAAAUCUCUGUUGCUGAUCGGAUUUGGAGGUUAUGGGGUUUAUAGGGUUUGGGGAUGAUCGGAUUAUGGGAUUAUGGGGUUACGUGGGUUAAGAUGCUUGGGGAUUAAAUAGUUUACGUGUUAUGGGGUUUUUGGGCUUAAUUUUUAAGGUUAUGGAAAAUUCUGACGUGAUGGGGUUAAACCUACCCCGGAUUCGGACUCAGAGAUUUUUUAUGGAGCUGUGUAGUAUUUCGGCUUAAAAUUCUAAUUCCUAUGUUUUACUUGUGGUGUUUAUUUUAUUUGACUAGUCAUAGUUAUAGUUAGAUGUAGGUAUGUUAGUAUUAAUAAUUAUUUUUUUUAACUAUUUAUUGUAUACAUAUACAACCAAAUGCACUGAAAAUAGAAAUGUUUCCUAAU